GAUUUUACGACCACUCCUUGUUUCCCGUAGUUUCAAAACCAACAACUAUCGUUCACCAAAUCAAAAAAUGUGUUUCGUUCUAUUUUUGCUAUUUGGUGGCGCAUUUGCGUCAAACGCCACCCAAAAAUACGAUAAACGAUUUACCGCAUCUUUGUACAAGGAGGUGGGAAAAAAUUGCACCAAUUUUGUCAUAAGUCCCUUUUUGAUUGAGACAGCUUUUGGUGCCCUUUAUUUGGGAAGCUCAGGCAGAACGUCGCAAGAAAUGCGAAUCGUGUUUCAUUUUCCCGUAAGCAAUGAAGAGCUUGAAACGAGAUAUAGAAAUUUCUUUGCGAAUUUUACGAACCAAGGCUACAGACUGCACAUUGCAAACAAGGUUUCGGUGGUCGAUAGAGUGAAAUUUGUCCCGAGUUGGGAGAAAAAAAUCAAGGAUAUUUUCCAAGUGUGUACCGAUAUUGUAGAUUUGAGGAAUAAAGAUAGGACCGUGGCAAAAAUCAAUCGGUGGUUUGGGGAACAAACUUACAAGAAAAUCGAUAUUUUAUCGCGGGAAAUGCUAAGUUGUGAAAGAAUUGAUGUUUUGCUUCUUAGCGCGUUGUAUUUUCAAGCGAAUUGGGCUCAACCGUUUUCUAGCGAUUGCACGCGGGAAGGUAUUUUUUACAACUAUGGUAGAGAACAAAUUUUUGUUGAUAUGAUGAAUACAAGGGCCCAGUUAAUUAAUUACGGCAAAAGUAUUAAAUUAAAAGCCCAAUUUUUGGAACUCCUCUUUGAACAAAACCAAGCUUCCAUGGUUGUGGUUGUUCCAAAUGAAAGGGACGGGAUUUCCAAACUUGAAAAAAACAUUACCAAUGUUUUGUAUUUUCGGAAAUUUCGGCCCCAACUAAUGACUAUUUUACUGCCGAAAUUUCGAAUGGAAAAUACCCUCGACUUGGAAGAGUUUAUACACAAAUUGGGUUUGAAUGUUACGUUCAAUGAACAGAAAGCUUCACUUUUUGGAACUGUAACAUGUGCUAACUGUCCGUCGCCGUACGUCACCAAAGUUUCGCAAAAAAUUUAUCUGGACGUUAACGAGCGAGGCGUUCAGGCUGAGGCAGGUCAAGUAGUACAAUACAUGGCUCCGAAAUUUUUGUAUCCGGAGUUAAAAGUCGACCAUCCUUUUAUAUUUUACAUCAAAGUCAGGGAGGUUGUGGUUUUUGUUGGGCGAGUCGUUGCUUUUUAGUUCAAUAAUAAUAAUUCAAAAAAAACUGGUGUGGAG